UCUAAUGUAAGCAUUUCUUGUGACUGGAAAAUUCUUAAAAUAAAAACAAUUUCUACUGUUUUUAAUAUUCUUUUUUGUCACUUUGUGUAACAUACCUUCUGUCAGAAAUAGAACUUUUAAUGGCUACAUCACUCAGAAAUCUGAUUUAGCUCGCUGUUAAAGUUUCAAUGGCUGAAACUAACAAUACUAUGAGAAGCUCAAGCCAUUGGAAAUCAUUUUACAGUUUUGUUUAUAAAGUGAAAAGAUUUCCAGGUUCAAUGAGGAAGACAAUUUGGAAUGUUGGCAAAGAUGAUCCAAGAAGGGUGGUCCAUUCUUUGAAAGUUGGUCUUGCUUUGACACUUGUAUCUUUGUUGUAUCUAAUGGAGCCAUUGUUCAAAGGGAUAGGGGAAAAUGCUAUGUGGGCUGUCAUGACUGUGGUUGUGGUCAUGGAGUUCACUGCAGGGGGAACCUUAUGCAAAGGACUAAAUAGAGGAUUGGGAACUUUGUUAGCAGGAUCAUUGGCAUUCUUUAUUCGGUAUCUUGCAGAUGUUCCUGGCCAGAUUUUUCAUGCAAUUUUCAUCGGUGCUGCAGUUUUUAUUUUAGGAGCUGCAGCUACCUAUGUCAGAUUCAUCCCUUAUAUAAAGAAAAACUACGAUUAUGGUGUUAUGAUAUUUCUGUUGACCUUUAAUUUGAUAAUUGUAUCAAGUUACCGCGUUGAUAAUGUCUGGAGCAUUGGGAAAGAUCGCAUCUAUACCAUAUGCAUAGGCGUUGGUCUUUGUCUUGUGAUGAGCCUAUUUGUAUUUCCAAACUGGUCAGGGGAAGAACUCCAUAAAUCCACCAUAUCAAAGCUUGAAGGAUUAGCCAAAUCCAUAGAAGUUUCUGUCAUGGAAUAUUUUUAUGAUUCUGAAAAACAAGCAAAUGAUGAUUCAUCUGAGGAUCUCAUUUACAAGUGCUACGAGGCCGUUUUAGACUCUAAAUCUAAGGAUGAAACACUGGCUAUACAAGCAAAUUGGGAGCCAAGAUACUCAAGAUGCUGCCACAGGAUCCCAUGGCAGCAAUAUGCAAAAGUAGGAGCUGCUCUUCGCCAUUUUAGUUACACCGUUGUAGCACUACAUGGUUGUUUGCAGUCUGAAAUUCAGACACCAAGGUCAAUACGUGAUCUAUACAAAGAUUCCUGCAUCAGACUUGCACAAGAAGUAUCAAAAGUACUAAGGGCAAUGGCCAACAGCAUAAGGAAAAAGCAUAAAUUUUCCCUUCAAAUACUCUCAAACAAUCUUAAUGAAGCUUUACAAGAUCUUGACGGUGUGUUAAAAUCGCAACCCCAACUUUUACUUGGCUCGAACAAUGGUCGAAGUCGAACACCCAGAACCCCCAAAACCCCCAGAACUCCAAACUCUUACAAGCUUGAAGAAGAAAGUAGAAUCUUGCUAUCACGUGUUAAAAGUGAUUGUUGUUCCCCAGUUGGAAGCAAAUCCAAAGAGCAUUCCCGAGAACAAACAAAAGAAGGACAGAGACACAAGGUGUUGAGGCCACAACUUAGUAAGAUUAUCAUCACUAGCCUUGAGUUCUCAGAAGCACUACCCUUUGCUGCAUUCACUUCGUUGCUAGUGGAGAUGGUGGCAAAACUAGAUCAUGUUAUGGAUGAAGUUGAAGAGUUGGGGAGAAUGUCACAUUUUAAAGAGUUUAGAGAUGAUGAUGAUAAUAAUGCGAAUAUUGUUGUCACUUGUGACAGACCAAAAAUGAAUAUAGUUGAUAAUAAUGACUUGCCUUCUUAUGGAGCGGAAUAAUUGUUCCUAUCAUCCCACGAGUGAAGUUAUACAUGAAUACAUUAAUUUAGUUGAACGUUUUUUGCAUUACCUAUUUUAUGCAUUCUGCAUAGGGAAGAUUAUGUACUGUACACGGGAAAGUAAUUUUUGCCGAGUCCUGAAGUUUGAGUUCUGAGAGCUGAGUCA